AUUGGGAGGAUGAUUUGCAACAUUAGCAGAAGAGACACAAUGCACCCAUUAUGAAGACGCAUGCUGCUGUGUUUCAGAUGUGACAAUAUUUAAUGCAAAAUAUAUAUAAAAGAAUAUCAGGAAGAUCCAAGUCAAACUGCAAUUGACAUCAAACAGGACCAGACACAUAGAAAAGAUGAAAAUGAUGGAUUAUAUCAUCUCUGUGGUCACCUCCAGGAAACUUGAUGCUGGCACAUACAGCCGUGUCUUUGUGUCACUUAUUGGGACAGAGGGAACCAGUGAGGAGAGUGAAGUGGGCAGAGAAAAUGACUACCUGUCACCAGGAUCAAAAUGCUCGACCCAAAUUUCCUGCCACCACAGUUUGGGCAAGAUACUACUUGUCAGUCUACGCAAAGAGCAAGUAGUAAGCUUUCCAGAUCUGAACUGGCACUGCCAAGACAUUUGGGUGGAGGCUCCGAAUGGACAGAAAUAUUACUUUCCCUGCAACAAGUGGCUAUGUAAGGACAGCAACACCAUAACUCUAAGAGAAGGAUGGGCCAGGAAAGUGACCGAAGAUGAUAUAAAGCAGCUGCAGGAUCACAGAAUCAGAGAGUUGGAGGAGAAGAGAAAGAUGUAUAAAUGGUGCAUACAUGUAGAACAUGUUUCACACUGUGUGGAUGUGCCAACAGUGGAGCAGCUGAGCCCAAACAUCAAAUACACAAGACUUGGCCCUGGGCUGAAUCUACACUAUCUGAGGGGUUUCACUGAGUGCACAGAGUCAUGGAGAUCAAUGGAACAACUGAGCAAGUUUUUUGCUUUAAACAAGUACCUCUGUUCACCUGUUGCUGAGUAUGUUAAGAUUCACUGGCAGGAGGAUGCAUUUUUUGGAUAUCAGUUCUUAAAUGGCUGCAACCCAUACAUUGUAUCUCAAAGUCGCACGCUGCCGAGAAAAUUUCCAGUCACAGAAGAGAUGGUCAAGACUUUGCUACCAGCUGGCACGACUCUAAAAACAGAGCUGGAGAAAGGAAAUAUAUUUCUGGCUGACUAUGAGGUGCUACAAGGUGUUCCUGCUAACUUCGUGAACGGACGGCAGCAAUUUCUUGCUACCCCUCUUUGCCUUCUCCACAGAACUGAAGAGGGGCAGCUGCUCCCAAUUGCUAUUCAGCUAAAUCAGACACCAGGCCCUCAGAACCCCAUUUUCCUUCCAUCUGACUCUAAACCAGAUUGGCUCCUGGCAAAGAUCUGGGUUCGGAAUUCUGAUUUCUUUUGCCAUCAGAUCCUUUCUCACUACCUGAAGACUCAUAUGUUGGGAGAAAUGUACUGCAUUGCCACCCUCAGGCAACUUUCAGAAGUACAUCCUCUCCACAAGCUUAUCAUAUGUCAUGUAUGGACAACUUUGCAAAUUAACAUUCAAGCCCGGAACUCUCUACUGGCUAAGGGUGGUGUCUUUGACAAGUCAGUUGGUUGUGGACUGGAGGGAGUAGGUGUGCUUCUUCAGAGAGGGAUGAGCCAGUUACAUUACGAUGACCUUUGUUUACCGGAUGACCUACGACAGCGGGGCUUGGAUCAGCUGCCCUCCUGCUAUUUUGCUGAGGAUGGUCUCAAAGUAUGGGGUGCUAUACACAGGUUUGUGGAGAAACUGCUGCAAUUUUUCUACCCAAGUGAUCUUGCUGUCCGGAAUGACAUAGAAUUACAAAGAUGGAUUAAGGAGAUUUUCACAGAAGGCUUCCUUGGUCAAGAGAGUAAAGGAUUUCCCCAAUCAUUCAAAACAACAGCAGAGGUCGUCAAGUUUGUUACGAUGGUUAUCUUCACCUGCUCAGCGCAGCAUGCUGCUGUUAACUUCUCCCAGCUGGACUAUAAUAUUUGGAUGCCAAACUGUCCUGCCACAAUGGGAAAACCCCUUCCAAAAGUCAAAGGGGCACUUCAGAUGGAGGACAUCCUCAGCUACUUACCUGACGUCAAUGCCACCUGCUCUGUUCUCCUCACUCUCUCCCUGCUGUCUUCUCCAUCAAAGGAUUUUAUUCCCCUUGGUGGCUAUCAUGAAGGCACCUUCUCUGAGGAGACAGCCCAAAAGCUGAUCUUGGAAUUCCAGGCAGAGCUGGCGCACAUUGUCUCAGAAAUCAAGCAACGCACUACCAAGCUGGAAUUACCUUAUGACUAUCUUCGGCCAGAUCUGAUUGAAAAUAGUGUGUCUAUCUAAGCCAGCAGUUAAUGCUUUGCUUUGAAAGAGCUCUUUUGAAUGUUCCUUAUAUACCUUGAGGCAUACAUAAUAUUCAAAAUUUCUUCAGUUUGAUAGUUGAUUUAUUUAAAUAGAUAGAUUAUACUGAAGAGUGGCAGACAAGCCAGUGGCAAAACAUUAUUGUUGCUUUCAUAAGUGACAAAGCUCUCUUUUCUAUCAUAUAUACUAUCACACCUUUGAUAGUGCUAUAAUCCUUUUUACUAACCAAUAAAGGACUAAUUACCAAAAUAUACCAUAUUUUGACAUGGACAAAUUUGUUGGUUCCCCUGCAGCUUAUUGAAAAAGUGCUAUAUCCUUCCUGAAAAGUGUCAAAUGAAAAGUCAUUUUCCCAUGUAUACCAACAUGCCUUUGAUAAUGUAUGUCAUCAAGUAAAGCAAAGCAAGUGUGAAAAGAUAUCAAGUAUUGCUUAUUCUACAAAGAUAUUAAUAAAUGGCCUGGACACAUUUGCCCCCAGAAAAGAUCAUAAAUAUCUGCAUUUGAGUGUUUUUUCAAACUGUCUUCCUAAAUGUGGCGGCAAGUGGAAAAUCAACCCCAGAAUGGGCACAAGGAUAGUGAGAAUAGUAGACAAAAAGCCAAGUUUUUGAGGUUUUUGAGUGACAGUGGGCUCAAUGGAAGAAGACCCAAAAGGACUCCACUGUUGAACGAAAAACAUAAAAAUACAUAUUGACAUAUUGACAAGCAGCAAUACUCCCAGGAGAAUGUCCCUUGGACAGAUUAGACAAAACUGGAGCUUUUCGGUAGGUCACAUCAGCUCUAUCUCCACAAAUGACAAAAUGAAGCUUUCAAAGAAAAGAACACCAUGCCUACUGUGAAACAUGGAGGGGGCUUUGUUAAGUUUUGGGGCAACUUUGCUCAUCUGGCAGGGGUGCCUUGAGUCUUUGCAGGAAACAAUGAAAUCUCAAGAAUAUCAAGACAUUCUGGAGCGAAACGUACUGCCCAGUGUCAUAAAAUUCUGUUUCAGUCACAGGUCAUGAAUCCUCCAAUAUGAUAAUGACUCAAAACACACAGAUAAAAGCAUCCAAGAAUGGCUAAUAAACAAAACAUUGGUUUGUUCUGAAAUGGUCUUUUAUGAGCCAUGAUUUAAAUCCCUUCAAACAUCUAUGAAAAACAAUUAAAAAUGCAGUUUGGAGAAAGAACCUUUCAAACCUGACACAGCCGAAGCAGCCUACUCUGGAAGAGUGGGUCAAACUACCUGUUGACUGGUGCAGAAGUCUCAAUGAAAGCUACAGGAAUUGCUUAUUUGCAGUGAUUGCCUCUAAAAGUUGUACAACAUAAUAUUAGAUUAAGUGUCUCAUCAUUUUUGUCUAUGCCAUUUUCAUUUGUGUCAUUAUUUGAAAUAUUCUUUUGAAUCAAAACUCUCAAAAAUAAAGCCUGAUUUUUGUUAAAUACAGAAUAAAUAAUGAUGGGUGCAAAUUACUUCUGUCAAUUUCAAGUUGCUUCAGAGACAAUUUGGGUUCUUCUUUUUACAUGGACAGGUGCCAACAAAUUUGUAUGUCUGUGUGGAAAAAUCUGUAUCCUUUAUGCACUUUAAUAAACAUGUAGUGGUUA